AUGUCAACUUCAGUAAUUUCAACCUUAAAUCAGUCGGGUGAAACUUCAACAAUAACAGCACCUAGUAAUAAUAACAAUCGUACAGCGGAAUGGGACGUAAAGAUGGAAAUAGAAUUCUUUCGUUCCGUAAUGAAACAUAGACCAGUUGGAAUUCAUCGUCAUUUUCAUAUGGUGAAUGUUUAUCGAGACUUUAACGCAAAUAGUAAAGUAAAAUGUACGAUACCAGAAUUAUGGGAAAGAUUUGGGUCAUACUUUAAUUUAGCCAAACUUGAGGAAUUGGAUCGAGAAUUUGAUGAAGAAGCGGAUGAAGAUAGUGCGUAUGUAGAAUUUAGUUUACCAAUGGAUGAAUAUGAAUAUUAUAAUCUUAUAGAACAAAAUCGUAAGGCGGGAUCUUCACGUGGAGCAUCACCUUCACCUGCACCAUCAAAAAAAGGAGGAGGACGUACUAAAGAACCUUCACGUUCUCCAUCAAAUUCUUCUCUUGAAUCUUCACCGGAAUUAGAAGAUAAUACACCCAAUAAGAAAAGAAGAACGCGUACUACUACAAGAAAAUCGGAUGUAGUAGAAUUUAAUUCAGCAACGACAUCAACAACCACCACCAAACGUGGAGGUAGAUCAAGAAAAGCGUCUGAUGCAGUUGCGACGUCAAGUGGAACUUCAAAACGUGGUGGUCGUAAAAAGAAACAAUAA